AUGGUACAGGCUUCGACGCAUAGCGACGGGCUUGAAUGGAUAGGGAUCCAUUCACAAGAUCGCGGUCAGACAGAGCACUUCGAGAGCCUGGUCGAUAAACACAGGCCGUGGAUCCCAAUUCAUAGAUUGCGGAAAAAUCGUUCUCUUUGUUGGACCCAUUAUCUUUGUCAGGAUGCUUCCCUUAAAGUGUUAAAAUGCAAACACUGUGGGGGGUUAUUAGUCCACAUAGGCAAAGAUCGCUCUAGCACAAGUCGUUUCCGAUCACAUCUAAAACAUCAUCACAGAAUUGAUCCGAACUCGGAUUACUACAUGGGUACCUCCCUACUUCCAAUGUCUGCGACAGGGGCUAAACGAAUAGCAGAGAAGCCACAAAGAGCUAAUAAGGUUUCACUUAAUAACAGUAAUAACUAUAUUGGAGUUAAUGGGAUACAACCAAUGACGUCACAGACUAACCAAUUAGCGUUUGAAAACCAAACACCUGCGUCAGGGGAUGUAGUAUUGCAUAAGGCACAGAAGCCGCCCAAGGCUCGGCGAACAGUUCUUCGAACCGAUCUGUUAUUGGGUAUAAUGACUGCUUCGCAGGAUCUGCGGCAUGACUUUUUCGAGAAUGAUGUCGUUAAAGAGUUACUCGGAAGGCUGUCGGAUUUUGAUUCGCUCGAUUUACCGGCGGCUAUCACUCACACAGCACAGGAUAUUGACGAUAUAAUAACCCGUACGGUGGUGCUGAAUAAGCAGCACCUGAGCGGCAACUUGCUAGUGAAACGGGGACAGUCAAUUAACUCACUAAAGUUAGUCCUGACUGAACGAAUCCAUGCGUUGUCUCAGCUAUCAUUCUUCUCAAUAUCUUACCGGCAUUGGCACAAGCCUAAGAUCUCUACUUGGUUUUUGAACUUCUAUGACCCAUUAGAUGCUCGGCAGUAUUCUUUUUUAGUAGAUGCGUGUAUGAAUAAGCCACCUUUACGGGCUGGAAUUGAAAUUGCACGACCAGUAGUUUCAAGGUAUGCUGGGAUAGAGCGCUAUGUUGUCAGCAAUAUGGCUCCAAAUAGCCAUCUAAAUAUUAAGGAUGGAGAAGAAUGGAAUAUAUGUGCUGCCAGCGAACUCUAUCGAUGCUUUUUGAAGCUAUUUGGUGAAAGUAACUCUACUUUUGACGUAUCUGAUACCCUAAUGUCCUUGGAGCACAUCACUGUAACUAAUCCCCUAAUAUCCCAGAUCAAGGACUUCUCACGGAAUUCGCGUAAUGAAUGGCAGGCCAGUAUUUCGCAGCUUGAUCCCGUGAACUACUCUACUCUUACGGAGUCAAUUACUUCGUUACUGAAGUUGAGACCGCUGUUGGACAUGUUAGAUCCGCCACCUUUUAGUUCUAACAACUAUUUGGAGAUGGUACAUUUUACGGAUGUGGCCCAAGGGUUUAAUAGGGUGCUCCAGUUCUUUACCAGAGCACCGCAGCAGAUUUGGCAGUUUACUUUAUUGGCCGUCAUUGCCUUGGACGAGCAACUAUCGCAGACGUUGGAAGAAGUGGUACCAGGCUCAAAAUUUGGUAACCAUGUCGAGAACUGUGUUUCUGCAACUUCAAGGUUUAAAAGACGCCUGCUGGGUCAGGAACAUUACGUACUGGCAUCAUUUCUGGUUCCUACGACGCUUUUUGACGACGGGCUACUGAAAACAUUAUUCGAGACAGAUUCCCUUAACACGGUGGUGGACAUAGUUGUUAAUAUGAUAUACGUUUUACUUGCUGAUUACCUAGAUGUCAAGAUAUCGGAUGAAGCGGAGGCAACCUACAACGAAAACUCCAUUGGAGUUAUACGCACUCAGGAAGAGUUUGCAAAUAUAGCUAAAGACGUCAUACGUGAUGAUAUUUACGCAUACCUGCAAUUGGUAGAUGAGGUAGUACCGGCUGCAUUCCAAGCUCGUUGUUCCAAACUGGGGAUAACUAAGAGUAGCAAUAGCGCUGGGGAUGGCCAAUAUGCGACAUAUAUGCGAAACGACACUUUUCUGGCUCCUCUUGACACAUUUUUGGAGAUCCAUGUUCCUGUGGCUCGGCGAUUUUACUUGGAAAAGUGGAAUACACUUGGCCCAGUAAUGCGAUUUGUUCUGAAAAUGCUCAAUUCACAACCGGCAUCCACGAUCACAUCCACGACGUCAUUCUUGGCGUCAUAUAAGCCCAUCUGUGACGACGAUAUGGUAGGAAAUGUUUUGAAAGUCAAGUGUCUGGAAUCCCAAUUUUACUCUACAAAAAUAGACUUUGACCACGACAGCCUGCCAUUAAUAUGUAAAUUUGCAAGUAAGAUAUCAGGGUGCUAG